AUGUCCAAACGCUCAGACAGAACCCUGAACCCCGCUAUUGGGGCGUCAACAGAAUUCGUUCCCCCCAGCUUCGAGUCGAAGCUCCAAGAGAGAGAGUUCCUGAAAUAUCGUCUUGCGCAGGCUUUUCGAAUUUUUGGUCAUGAAGGAUAUAACGAAGGCGUUGCAGGCCACAUCACCCUUAGGGAUCCCGUUCGGCCCGAUUGUUUUUGGGUUAAUCCCUUCGGGUUGCACUUUUCUCUCAUUCAGCCUUCCGAUCUUCUUCUUGUCGAUCACGACGGGAAAUUUCAAGAUGAAUCCGGUCCGUUGCGGCUGCUGAACAGAGCAGCCUACAUGAUCCACUCGGCUGUCCAUGCCGCUCGACCGGACGUCAUCUGCGCUGCCCAUACCCAUUCUAUCUAUGGCCGGGCUUUCUCAACUCUAGGGAAGGAGCUCGAUAUCAUCACUCAAGAUAGCUGCGCAUUCUACAAUGACCAUGUCCUCUAUGAUCGAUUUGGUGGGGUUGUAUUAGAAGAAGAGGAAGGAAAACGCAUUGCAGAGUGUCUCGAGUCAAAGAAAGCAGCUAUAUUGCAGAACCAUGGUCUGUUGGUGGCUUCGCCCACGAUUGAAGCUACAGUCCACUUCUACAUAGCCCUUGAAAAAUCGUGCCAAGUCCAGCUGCUCGCUGAUGCCGCAGCGAAAGCCACAGGAACAGUGAAAAUACCGCUCGAUGAGGCUGCCUACACUGCGCAGAUCGUUGGCUCACCUAGGACAGGUUGGUUCAGCGGUUUGCCCCACUUCAAAGCAUUGGAAGCCCGUGAGGGUGUGUCGUUUGAGGCCGGAAAAUCUGCCUAG